AUGCAGCGCCUCACGUUCGCUCCGUGGAAGAUUUAUCAGCGUGUGAUGCUGCCGUGGGAGCUCCGCUUGCAGUGUCGCCUCGACCCUGGUAACGGGAACAAUGGCAACCCGACGGACCCGUGUCAGAGUACCAGCGUGUCUGAGUGCCAGCGUGUCCAGAGUGCGUGUAGCGUGUCCAGGUGCCAGCGAGUGCCAGCGUGUCAGAAUGCCACGUGUCAGAAUGCCAGCAUGUCUGAGUACCAGCGUCUGAGUGCCACCGUGUCUGAAUACCAGCGUGUCUGGGUGCCAGCGUGUCAGAAUGCCAGCGUGUCAGAGUGCAAGCAUGUCAGGCCAGCCUGUCAAGAGUGCCAGCGUCAGAGUGGCGUGUCAGAGUGCCAGCGUGCGAGUGCCAGCGUGUCAGAGUGCCAGCGUGUCGAAGUGCCAGAGUGUCUGAGUGCCAGCGUGUCAGAGUGCCAGCGUGUCAGAAUGCCAGCAUGUCUGAGUGCCACCAUGUCUGAAUACCAGCGUGUCAGAAUGCCAGCGUGUCAGAGUGCCAGCGUGUCAGAAUGCCAGCAUAGUGCUGCUAGCGUGUCAGAGUGCCAGCGUAUCAGUGCCAGCGUGUCAGAGUGCCAGCGUAUCAGAGUGCCAGCGUGUCAGCGUGCCAGCGUGCCAGAGUGCCAGCGUGUCCCAGCGUGUCAGAGUGCUAGCGUGUCAGAGUGCCAGCGUAUCCAAGGUGCCAGCGUGUCAGAGUGCCAGCGUGUCAGAAGUGCCAGCGUGUCCCAGCAUGUCUGA